GUUUACCAUGUCCAGAAUAAACCUUCUAAGAUCGUUCGUCGUCGAGCGACUAACUGCAGCAGCUGAGGAGAUAUUGGGAGCUUUCGAGAGGACGAUAGAGGAGUAUGAGGAAGAGAGGGAGCGACAGAGGAGGCUGCUGGACUUGGUCUUGAAUCCCAGUAUUACGUUACACAGAAUAGACUCUGUGCUGUUAUCUGAUCAGCAACAUGGUGAGGAGGGGAGGAGCCCCAGUGUGAUAAAGGAGGAACCACAGGAACUCUGGAUCAGUCCACAGGAAGACCAACUUCCAUUGCAGGCGUUAGCUGAUACCUCUGAGUCCAUAUUUACCCCUCUUUGUGAUGAAAAUGAUUGUGGUAAAGAUCAGCCUCUGCCCUCGCAACUGUACCAAACCCAGACAGAGGGAGACACAGAGCCCCCAGCUGUCCCCUCAUUUGAACUGAUACAAAUGGAUGCCAAAGAAGAAAACUUUAUAAUAUCAGAACCAACACGUGACCACCAUACCAUCUCUAACUGCUGGCAUGUAACUAAGAGUGAAGCUGAUCAUACUUGCAGUCCCCAAGACUGUGAGGAAGCGGGUUCAACUCGGAAAGCAAGGCUGAAACCUCACAAAAAAACCUACAACAAGUGCAGGAUUUGUGGGAAAGUGCUUUAUAAUUUGGAAAUUUUCAAAAUUCACAUGACAUUUCACACAGGGGAAAAGCCUUUCAAAUGCAUCACUUGUGGGAGAGAUUUUACGUGGAAGUGUAACUUGGAGAGGCAUACAAGGACUCAUGCAGGGGAGAAGUCAUUCAUUUGCACCACAUGUGGGAAAAUGUUUACCCACAAGUCACAUUUGCAAACGCACAUGAGGACUCAUACAGGGGAGAAGCCAUUCAAAUGCACCAUGUGUGGGAAAAUGUUUACCCACAAGUCAAAUUUUCAAACGCACGUAAGGACUCAUACAGGCGAGAAGCCAUUCAGAUGCACCACGUGCGGGAAAAUGUUUGCCCGGAAGUCAAGUUUUCAAAGGCACAUAAGGACUCAUACAGGGGAGAGGCCAUUCAGAUGCACCACGUGCAGGAAAAUGUUUACCCAGAAGUCACAUUUACAAACGCACAUGAGGACUCAUACAGGGGAGAAACCAUUCAGAUGCACCACGUGCGGGAAAAUGUUUACCCACAAGUCAAAUUUUCAAACACAUGUAAGGACUCAUACAGGGGAGAAGCCAUUCAGAUGCAUCACAUGCGGGAAAAUGUUUGCCCGGAAGUCAAGUUUACAAACCCACGUAAGGACUCAUACAGGGGAGAAGCCAUUCAGAUGCAGCGCAUGCGGGAAAAUGUUUACCCACAUGUCAAAUUUUCAAAAGCACGUACGGAUUCAUACAGGGGAGAAGCCAUUCAGAUGCACCACGUGCGGGAAAAUGUUUGCCCGGAAGUCAAGUUUACAAACGCAUGUAAGGACUCAUACAGGGGAGAAGCCAUUCAUAUGCACCAUAUGUGGGAAAAUGUUUAGCCACAAGUCAAGUUUUCAAACACACGUGAGGACUCAUACAGGGGAGAAGCCAUUCAGAUGCACCACGUGUGGCAAAAUGUUUAACCGGAAGUCAAGUUUUUACAGGCACGUAAGGACUCAUACAGGGGAGAAGCGAUUCAGAUGCACCACGUGCGGCAAAAUGUUUACCCAGAAGUCAAGUUUACAAAGGCACGUAAGGACUCAUACGGGGGGACGCCAUUCAGAUGCUGCAAUUGUGGAAAUGGGUUCAGCUCAAAAUAGCAUCUCGAACAACAUGUCAUGAUCCACACAGGUUACAUCCCCAGAGCUGAGAGAGUGCCCUCUACAGGUAAGAUCGGCACUUCCACGGCCAAUAGAGGGUCAGCUGCAUAACCUGAAGCCAGGAGAAUGGGUGCUGAUAAAGGAUCUAAAGAGAAAAAAUUGGAGAAGCCCCAUGGGCGAGGUCCCACCAAGUGCUCUUGACCAAACCUACAGCGGUGAAGGUGGAGGGGAUUCACCUGGACACAUGCCAGCCACUGCAAGAAGGUGCCACCACUGGAAAUGGAGGUCAGGGUGAGAGACCCGCUCCACUCACAAUCGAGGAAGAGAAGUAGACGUGGCCAGCUCUCACUGAGGUUUAAAAACCUACAGAGUUCUACUUCUCAGAGCAUCAAAGCCACUGCACUUGCCGUGGUUUUACCUCGAAUCCCUUCUACUUCCUCCAAUGGUUGAGGUUAUGUUGGAAGUUCAAAUCGUCGCAUCAGGAGUUCUGCUCCUCAGAGCACCAAAGCCACUGCACCCACCAUGGGUGUACCUUGAAUCCCUCCUACUUCCUCUAAUGAUUAUGGACCUACAACUGGUCCCAUCAGGAGUUCGGCUCCUCAGAGUCUCAAAGCCACUGCACCUGCCGUGGUUCUACCUGGACUCUCUCCUACCUCCUGUAGUGGUAUUGUAGCGAGUGGAGGAGGAAGUAGCCAUUAAGUUUUAUUAGGACUCAUUCGUAAGAAUACUGUAUGGGUAUUUUGUUAGACCUGCAACUGGUCCCACCAGGAGCUCUGCUCCUCAGACUGGUAUAGUCUGUGCUCUCACCGUGGUGGAUCCUCCUACAUUUUCUAGCAGAAAAAGAGGAAGAGAAGUUAGCAUGUGCCCAAUUUCUCAUUCUGAUCCUGGGCACAGGAGAGCGAGGUGAUCUACUACGGCCCAACAGCUCACUGAACCAGUCUGUGGUAUAAGGAGCAGAGAGAUCAAUGGUAAAGAAGAUUCUUACCCAGACUGCAAGAGGGUCAAGACUGUAUAGGGGGACUCAUGCCACCGAUUUGUUGGUUAACUCUGCAAAAUGUCCUGACACAAAUACUGUCUACUGUCCUUUGUUGUCAUUAUAAAU